AGCAUCGCGCCAAGCGCCCAGCGCCCCACAAGGGCACCGCCGGGGCGCGUCAGCCGGUCCGCGCUCUCCAAUCGUUGUCGACCGCGCGCGUGCAGGGUUUUCCCAGGCCGCCAUGGCCCGCGGAGCACAAAGCGAGGCUGCCCCGGCCAGCAUGGGCCCGCCGACGGUGCUCCUGGCCGCCGACGGCGAACCGGGCCCUUACAAAGGGCCCGACGGCCAGACCUGGCUGCCCAACGACCUGCCCGCAGAGAGCGCAUACAAUGGGCCCGUCACGGGCAACGAGAAACCGAUCAUUAGCGAGCUCUGCACCGGCAAUAGUCAAUGGGACGCGCCCGCGCCGGCGCCCUACCUCGAUGCCGAGCCGUCCACCAUAAGCUACCGCCCGGCCACCUCACCCUUCGAACGGAGAAGAGCCCCGAAGGGCUUCGGGGCCUCGAUGACCAUGGCGCCCGUGCACCGGUCGCAAGUCUCAAAUUAUCCGUACGACGAGGAGUGGCGCAAUGCGAUCAUGACGACUACGAGUUGGCGGCCGGCGACGACGAUCCGACGAUCCCCGGCGACGGGGCUCCACCAACUGGAACGGAAGGCCGGGCGCAUGCUAGAACGUAGUAGACGGAACGAGCGGACGCCAAGGAAAGACGCCUUCAUACCGAACCGUCGUGAGUUGAGAUGGCCGGCGAACGCGACGCGGUUCAACCCGCUAUUCGUGAAGCACGAGUGGGUCGGGCCGAAUCCCAAUGAACAAGGCCCGCCGCCCUACGCCGCCGAUAUUGUGAGGAUGGCGACGCUGCGGAAGAUGCGGGAAUUGAGAGCUCGUGACUCAAGAGCUUUACAGAAAGGAGUGUUCGUGCAACUGCGCGGCGUGCCCCACUCGUGGCUCCAGAAGGGUUAUAGGGAAUGGACGCACCUCGACGCCAACUUGUUGGAUUCGCUCCAGCCGCCUUCCAAAAAUAAACCGCGGGACGAGGGGUCGCUCUAUAGUACGGUGGAUCGGGCGAACUUGUCGUGCAUGGAGGCGUCGCUGCGGUCUCCAUCGAGGUCGCCCGUCCGAAGCUAG